GAUUGGUUGCGGGGAGGAUCGUGGCAGCAGCAGCAGUUCAGGCUUGGGUGCGCAGCGCUACCGGCGUCGGUGCUUUCUUCUUCCUCUCUGAGCGGUAAGUGAAGAAAAAUGGCCCGUACAAAGCAGACCGCCCGCAAGUCCACUGGGGGGAAGGCUCCCCGUAAGCAGCUGGCUACCAAGGCGGCUCGGAAAAGCGCUCCCUCUACUGGUGGCGUCAAGAAGCCUCACCGCUACAGGCCGGGCACUGUCGCUCUCCGUGAGAUUCGUCGCUACCAGAAAUCCACGGAGCUGCUGAUCCGCAAGCUGCCCUUCCAGCGGCUGGUCAGGGAAAUCGCCCAGGAUUUCAAAACAGACUUGAGGUUCCAGAGUGCAGCCAUCGGUGCGCUGCAGGAGGCCAGCGAAGCAUAUCUGGUGGGUCUGUUUGAAGACACAAACCUGUGCGCCAUCCAUGCCAAGAGAGUCACCAUCAUGCCCAAAGAUAUCCAGUUGGCUCGCAGGAUACGGGGAGAGAGGGCUUAAGUGAAGGCUGUUUUUAUGGUGUUUUGUAGUAAAUUCUGUAAAAUACUUUGGUUUUAAUUUGUGACUUUUUUUUGUAAGAAAUGGUUUAUAAUAUGUUGCAUUUGUACUUAAGUCAUUCCAUCUUUCACUCAGGAUGAAUGCUAAAAGUGACUGUUCACAUAAACCUCAGUGAUGUUGAGCCUUGGUGCUCAGGAGUGACAAGUUGCUAAUAUGCAGAAGGGGAUGGGUGAUCUUUCUUGCUUCUCAUGCAUGUUUCUGUAUGUUAAUGACUUGUUGGGUAGCUAAACUUGUAAGGUACUAGAAUUGAUAUAAAUGUGUACAGGGUCCUUUUGCAAUAAAACUGGUUAUGACUUGAUCCAAGUGUUUAACAAUUGGGGCUGUUAGUCUGACCAUACAUCACUGUGAUCAAAUGUGGACUUUCUCGGAGGGUGAAGCUACAAGUCUUAACCACAGUGUAACUUACAGUUUCCUAAAAACGUAAACCUGGCAGCUAUAGAAUACACUAUGUGCAUUUAUAAUAGCUAUUUUAUAUAUUGUAGU